GGACGAAUUUGUGAAUAUUGGACAGUAAAAUUCAUUUAUGCGCUGGUCAAUAACUGCACCAUCGUAUCGCAGUCUUGGUUAAACGAAUGCAUCCAACGGAAAGCGCUAGUGCCCACGGCAGAUUUUGAAGUGACACUAAAAAUUGACGAUUCUUUGGUAAAUAUAAGCACCCAGCGCGCGCUGCUCAAUCCGUGCACUCUUUUUACUGGCACUGUUUUCUAUGUUCCUGAAACUUAUUUCAAGACACGUCUGGUUACAAGAGAAGUUUUCCUGGAAAUAAUCGAACUCAGUGGUGGUAAAUUUGUAAAAUAUGUUUGGAACUUGGUCGGUGAACGAAGCUAUAUAAUAUUUGCCCCGGAUUGCUUGGACCACGACGCUGCUCGAAGAAUUGAGUGA